AUGAAUAGACUCCAGUAUUUGGCUCUUGACAUUUACAAUGAAAGGGGAACCAUCAGCCAGAUCAAUGGUGCUAGACCAGGAAUGCCUCCAACUAAUCGAAUGACCCCUCAGGGACCCUCCAUGGGACCCCCAGGUUAUGGGGCUAGUCCAGUGUCUCGCCCCGGUAUGCCAGUCAUGGACCCGUCCCGCAAGCGACCGCCGCCAAAUCAGAUCCAACAGGUCCAGCAACAGAAUCGCAACCAACAUGCCAAGAAGAAGAAAAUGGCAGAUAAAAUCCUACCUCAGAGAAUCAGAGAGCUUGUUCCAGAGUCUCAGGCGUACAUGGACCUGCUAGCGUUUGAGAGAAAGCUCGACCAGACCAUCAUGCGCAAAAGACUCGAUAUUCAGGAAGCUCUCAAAAGACCCAUCAAGCAAAAAAGAAAACUACGGAUAUUUAUCUCCAACACCUUCAACCCUGCCAAACCAGAUGCAGAGGACGGUGAAGGAACCGUUGCAUCUUGGGAGUUGCGUGUGGAGGGACGACUUCUUGAAGACAAUGCUGUGUCCAAGUAUGAAGCCACCAAGCAGAAGAGGAAGUUUUCUUCUUUUUUCAAGUCUUUAGUGAUCGAGUUGGACAAAGACUUAUAUGGGCCUGACAAUCAUUUGGUGGAGUGGCACCGAACAGCCACGACUCAGGAGACUGAUGGAUUUCAGGUGAAGAGGCCUGGAGAUGUUGGCGUCCGCUGCACUGUGCUGCUCAUGCUGGACUACCAGCCUCCUCAGUUUAAGUUGGACCCCAGACUUGCCCGGUUGCUGGGAAUCCACACUCAAACGCGGCCCGUGAUCAUUCAGGCUCUGUGGCAGUACGUGAAGACCCACAAACUCCAGGACCCUCAUGAACGAGAGUUCAUUAACUGUGAUAAAUACCUCCAGCAGAAAUUGCACCUUCGUGGUUUCGAGUCUUAA